AAAAGUGUUCCACCAGCCUGUAGCAGCUUGUAUUUUCUCACCAGCACAGAGCUCAUACUAAAUCAUCUGAGGCCUUGAAUCAAACUAUCAAACAAAAACACUUGUUGUUUUUCCCAUUCGUUCAUCCAGCUGAAGUUUGGAGACUAUAUAAGACAGGCCAACUCUACCACUGUACCUUGGUGAAGACGUGUAACUCGACAAUGAGGGUUGUUCUUGGUUUGCUGUUGUUGCUGCUGGGUCUGUGUGGAUCAGGGACUCAGGGGGAGGAGAGAGGCCUUGGCGAGCUCAAGUCCAGGAUUGACCAGCUGGAGAGAGAAGAUGCAGUCCAAGCCACAGAACUGAGAUCUUUGGAAACUAGACUGACUGCCACCGAGAGCAAAACAAGUGACCUAGAAAAAGAGAAUGCAGACUUGCAGACCAGACUGAGCAGCACUGAGUCCAGGAUUGACCAGCUGGAGAGAGAAAAUGCAGUCCAAGCCACAGAACUGAGAUCUUUGGAAACUAGACUGACUGCCACCGAGAGCAAAACAAGUGACCUAGAAAAAAAGAAUGCAGACUUGCAGACCAGACUGAGCAGCACUGAGACUGAACUUCUCGUUAGCAAGUCAAGAAUUGAACAGCUGGAGAGAGAAAAUGCGGAGAAACCAAAGGUGGCCUUUUACACAGCUCUGACUGAUACAGGAUAUGUUGGACCACACAACACAGACACCACACUGAAAUACAGCAAGGUCUUCACCAACAUUGGCAAUGCUUACAAUCCAGCUACAGGUUUCUUCACAGCACCAGUCAAAGGGGUCUACUAUCUCCAGUUCACUGUGUGUGGUAAUCACACAGGUCUUAUGGGUGUAUUUGUGUUCAAGAACAACCAGAAGAUCAUGUUUAAUGUGGAGUGGAAGGAAGAUAAACUUUAUAAGUAUUUCACUAAGUCGGUUGUCUUGGAGCUGAUAGCAGGAGAUACAAUUCACCUGGUUCUCCCAUCAACCUAUUCUGUCUAUGACGAUGUAGAUAACCACAGCACCUUCAGUGGCUCCCUUCUCUUCCCACUGUGAGGAUGUUGUGAGGAUGUUGUUUAGGCUGCUGUGUGAUUGAUUUGUUACAAACACUGUUGUUAUUGGCUACACUUUACUGCAUCAACAAAUGUGAAUCUGACUUCCCUCUUGUGUCAUCCAAUGAAAACAACAUUCAAAUAAAUCAAAGACUCAUUGAA